AUGAAUAUAGGUUGACUCUGUUUUGAUUUGUUUUUUUUUGUCAAUAUGUGUUAGCGCAUUGUUUGACUAACAAUCCGGGCAGUUCGGUCUCUUUACUUAAACGUGGUCCAUGUGCCAAGUUUUUGAAUAGUUAUUUUCGAUUAUUCGCCCUUUAUGCGAAUUAUUACAUUACCCCAGCCUAUAGGUAGGGUUUUUAAGGUGGUCCAAUACUGACUGAAGAUGGCCGAGUCCUCGCACAUGGAGUUUUUCCAUAAGGCGCAGGUGCCUCCCUGAAUUCUACCCUAAACUGACGUGACAACUGUCAGCUGGUCGAACAGUGUGCUCUGCGGAUCCCUUUUAGCAACUUGUUGACUUCAAAUUCUUGAAGCCAGUUGGGAACGCACCCGAUUAAAAAGGAUUGACAUUUCAUGCCCCUGCCUACUUACAUAUGUAAAUGCUACCGUUUGGGCUUUAGAACAACCGAUCUUAUUUAAAAUAGUCUUAAAUUGUUAAAGUUUUAUAUCAGUUUUUGAAUGCAGACUUGAUACAGGAUGUGGAGGUGAGUUAGUUAUAAUUGCAUGAAUUUUAUUAAAGGCUUAUUUUGCGUCAUUUUUUUCUAAUUUCCCUCUCUUUUUUAAAAAAAAAAUUCUUAAUUUUGUCAGUUUGUGGAUUAAAAGUCUGUCUGUUGUUUCUUUAUUUUGUAAUUAUCAACGGUAACAUGACCGAGAGGAGUCCAAUUCGGUCUGUAAGCAAACGAGUGAUUAACAAAAUCGGACGACCGCGUAGCGGGAGUCUGAUUUGUUUAAUCACGAGGAUGGUUACGGACCGAAUUGGACUAUACGAAGUUCUGUUACCAAUUGAUCAUAACUUUAACAAAAUUUGUGAUAUAUAAUGUUCUUGUUUUUUAAAUCAAAACACAAGAAAUUUCAAGAUAUUUUUUCCUAGCAGAGAAAAAAAGCCAUUUAAGCGCGCGCGUGAUGACGCGUACCGUCCAAUUAUUUAGGCAUGACGCGUACUUCCUAUUUAGGUUGAAAUCAGGGCAGUUGAUAGCCAAUCAGAUUUGAGAAUUUUGUGAUCGUUAUGAUUAUAGACUUAAUCAUUGUAACGGAUUGGAUGACCUUUGACACCCUUUUUGUUUCUUGUUGAUAUUCAGCGACCGUUCGACAUAUUUAACAAUUAUUCCUCGAGCUUAAAUGGGCUUAGCCUCCCAAGCACGCGUUUUUAGGGGAGCUCGUUUUUCAUCCCUCCCCACAAACGCCUGCUCAAUCGAAAACAACAUUCCUUUCCCGUUGUUUUAUUUGCGUGGUAAGUGACCAAUAAACAGUUGUGCAAUAAAGUGUUGACGGGCCAAACGCGACUUUAACGUGACCCUAGAGUUACCGUUUUCCCUUUUUCUUUCCUUCGCUAAGGCUAUGCAAUGCAUGGAGUAUUCUAAAAUUUUGACUAAAUCUUACUUUGCCACACUGAAUCUAACAUUUAUUAGAGGUCCACAAAGCUUUGCCAGUGUUAGAUGCAGAUCGAGUAAUUAUCAGAUUACCUUGCGGUCAAGGCCAAUUUUCCAGAAUUUGGAAAUUUCAAUGUGAUUGGCUAAGCAUGAGAAAGGAAUGUUGUCUUCGGUUGAGCAUGUGUUUGUGGGUAGGGUCGAGCUCCCCUAAAAACGCCCGCGUGGGAGGCUAGAAUGGACUCUGAAUAAAUAGCCCAUGAGAACGAAUUCCAAACGGGCUAUUGACUCAGAGGCCGUGAGGGCGAGAGGAAUAAUUGUUUUAGUAAAAUCCAACUAUUAUAAAGGAAAUAAAGGGAGACGUAAAGAAUCAACCAUAAGAGGACAGAGAAAAAAUCUGAGCCCCAGAUGGGAUUCGAACCCACGACCAUCCGUGUUCUAGAUUGGAUGCUCUAAUCUCUGAGCUACUGAGGACUUGUUGGCGAGCAAGGGUCAUUUUUCUGGGCUGGACUUGCGAACCGCAUCUUGCAGCCACAGAGUCCAUCAAAAGCAACACGUUAAGGCUUAACUGCAUCACACAGUCACAUUAAUAGUAAGAAAUGUCAAGUUAUCAAAAAAUGAAAUGUCUAGUUGAAGAAAUGUCUAGUUGGUCAAAAUUAUUGAGACAAAACAACUUUAGCUAGCUAAGACUAGACUUUAAUUCCUUUUUUGCCGCCAAAAAUCCGGCGCUUUUUGCUACUAGUGGGCUAUAACAUAUAUUAUUAGCCUGGUAGUAGCUCAACCAGUCAGAAUGCAGCAUUGAUAUAUAGUAAACCACUAGCUGGAUUUUACUAAAAUCAGAUACAUUUGUACUAAAUGUAUUGAUGAAAUUUACUUGCUUUUGAUUGGACAAAGUUGGGUACACUAAAUCCCAAAUUUACGCUCUUAAAGCAGCAAAAACCAUGUUAUAUAAUGUUUCAAGACCUGAAGAGCAAAUUUGCAACAAAAUGCUGAAUUAGCCCUAAACAACUUAAAGAAAUUUUAAGGUAACAAAAAAACCCAACGGGCUUUCGAAAAAUUUUCACCUUAAGAUUUAGGAAAGCUCGUAUGGUAUAGCCUGCUUCUCAGACGUAAUUUAACUUCGCCUAGUAACAUCUGCAAAGCAGCGCCGAUAACCCUGUUGUGGGCCAUCAACGGACUCAACGAAUUACCAGAAUUACUUUUCGAAUUUCCUUUCAUCCUGAUUGGCAAAUUGACAACACUGUUGAAAAUUUAAUUCAGUAUCUGCCAUUUGGUCAUAUUGAACUCGUGUUUUUUCUCAGACUUAGUAGGCACCAAAAUGCCUGGAUUUCAUUAACAGUUACAACAGCUGUGAUAAAAUAAUGCUAAACUAAGUGUAAUAUAUUAAUUUAAAAAAAUAUGGCUGUCAAAAUUCUAUUGCCAUGGUAACAUAAAUAUUGACGUACACGUCACGACGAUUUUAAAAUGUUCCCAGAUAAAUUUUUCGAAGAUUCGCUUUGUUUGGUGUGCCUAGCUUAAGGCUUUCCACAAAUUACUCGAGAUUUUCCAAAAAGUUUCCUGUAAUUUCUGAAAAAGUUGCUCAAAAGUUGUUCGAAAAAACUUUUUUUUUUGGUCCGAUGCUAAAAUAUGCAAAUUAUCAGUAGCCGAUCAGCGUUACUUAUAACUUUGUCCUCAAUUUGAACCAAAAAAAUGUAAUGAGCCAAUAAAAUUGCUGAACGAUCUUCUUCACCCGAGACACUCAAGUCAGUCGCGUGUGAAGCUUUGUCCACAGUUUUGAAUUUUCUGGAAAAACCAAUCGCCUAGCAGCCAGGCUACUUUUACGUUGCGCCUAUGAUCUGCCCCAGGGGGGAGGAUUUGGCUCCUAGGAUAUUUUACAGGAAAUUCAUAAAUUGUCUACUAAAACAUUGUGAAAUAUGCCGCUCCGAUAUUUCAAAACAAAAAAACAAAUACAAAAAAAAAUGCUCGAAACGAAAAAAAUUUGCUCGAAAUACGAGAAGUUGGCAAAAAAACCUGUGGAAAGCCCUAUCCACCUAGAUUAAACAGUUCUGGAGUUAUUCAACUUUUCAGCGGGAGGGGGGGUGGGCUGGAGGGAUAGGCGGGGGCUCAAAAGCUUCCCUGGGUUUGAAGAGGGAUAAACGAUUAAAAACAAUCUAGUGUAUAAACUGACUAAAUUUCAAAAAGCAAAUUAAUCUGUCAGCAGUUUCAGAAUACCCACCAACAGUUUCAUCAGCAUCAAAGGCUCUGGAUACAUCAACAGCAUCUUCAUCAGCUACUCAACCGGCGGGUAGGUAUUUUCCUCACUGUCAGGAUUAGCUCAUCAGUAGAGAAAAUUGAAUACACUGAUGCCGGUUCAGAGCUGUAAUGUUUUGCUUAUUAUAUCUUAUUAUACGGCUAAACUGGCGAGCGGACAAGAUGAAGCAAAUACUAUGUUCUGAUGGACCACCCGAGCGAGAAAGAAACUGCCCCUCGGGAUUUCCCGCGUCGGUCCCGCAAACACAGGUUCUCAUCAUUUGGGCCAUAUAUAGUAAAUCCUCUAUUUACAAAGCAUGAGGUCAAGAUUGCGGCUAAAGAUAGUUGGCCAUGUUUUCUUUUCUUCCGUUACUUUUUCUUUUCAUCUUGACCAUGUCCGUCUUGGUCUAUAAAUUAAACUCGCAAAGAAAUAGAAAAUCUUUUGAUUAUCAACAUUCAGCCAACAGGACACCUCAUAUUUGACCCACUUGACCAUUACUGCAUAUUCGCCUCCUACCAUCUGAUUCUUAUUUAUUAUAUACAUACUGAGAAAUACUCACCAAAAAGCUAUGUCGUAAAUUUUCGUACGCAAAUUAGUUAUAGCCAAUCAGAGGAGCGAACGAUGGUUUUCACACGUGAAAAAAACGAUACGUCCAAUCAGAAUCGCGAACGAUGUUUUUUCACGUGUGAGAAAAAUGAUACGUCCAAUCAGAAGCCACAGAGGUGUAGGAGUUUCGCGCCAAAAUUCCCGCCUUUUAUUGCAGCUUGCAGCGCCGCUUCGCACACAUUUAUCAACGAGAAAAGUUUUACUCAAGGAGUUUUUCUCGCUAAAAAAGUGAAAAACAUUUCGGAAAUGGAGUGGAAUAGUUUCGUUUGUUUCACUGUCGAUAAAAAAUACGGUAGAGAGCCGGUGAAACAACAGCGGAAAGGGAUAAACAGAACGAGACGUAAGCUUUUGUUGUGCUUUUUGUCGGAGCUACUUUGCCUUUCAUUUAAGCUUAAGCUUAUAUUGAAACCGGCCAUUUUACUUAAAUUCACUCAUUUUCAAUUGUGCAUUGAGAACAAACAGUUAAGAUUACUUAUAGUUCUUGGAUUAAACCUCAUAUCCUCACCGUCAUUUAUGUUUUUAACAAACGUUUUUUUUACUAAAAAGCUGAUACUUCGUUUUCGUUGUCAUUUUGCGGUAAGUGUGUAGCGGCAAAUUUUAGCAUUUUUGAAAGAUUUAAAAUAAAAAGGCCCGCAAAAUGAUGAAUGACUCAGUAUGUAUAUAAUAAACACAAUACCACAUGGAAAGUGCUUUGUACGGUAUUUACGCACUCGUUGUUUUUGUAUCAGAAAUCUUACUAGUUCGCUGCGCUCACUCGUUCGAUUUCUGAUACGUCAACAACUCGUGCGUAAAUACCGUACGCCAGCACUUUCCAUGAAGUAUUCUCUAUUUAUUCAUUUUUUUUUUUUUUUUUAACCAUCGACUUGUUUACCGAUAGCCCUUCUGACUAAGUCACUUACAAACUAGCAAGGGGAAACAAUGAGGAAAUAAGAAAUAUAACACUCAAACAACUGGAAUCAAUAUUGUGUCAGUAUUCUUAUCGUGCUCCUUAACAGAUGUAUCAUCAUCAGAAGCCACAGUGAUACCAACAGCAGUUUCCACAGCUUAUCCAGCGUCAACAACCCAACCACCUCAACGGGGUAGGUAAUUUUCUGUGCCUUUUCGUCGACUUGUUUUCUACUAUCUCAAUCUGUGUUUGUGUCUAGUGCGAAGCACGUAGACACUUUGUGAGAGCAUUGAAAAUUCGUCUAAGUACUUUAUAUAAUCCCAACUUAUGACGUAACAGCCAUAAAAAUUCUAUAAGCUAUACACUAGUUUACUACUUUCGUGAAAGGGGAACCAAAGCGUUAGCACAAAUUUGUUAACUUUGGAAUGUGUAACCAUUUGGCAGGCUUGGAAUGUGCAACUAUGGGCACUAUGCAUGUGCAUAUAAUCGUGAAGGCUUUUUGGCUAAUCUUGAGGGAGUUUUAGGAUAUUCGAUUGAUUAAAACUGGAUUCGAUAAAAGGACCUAAGAAAUAAUCGGAACCAAUUUGAAUUAGAAGAUGAAAGAUAACGACGAAGGGAGAGCAACCUCCAAAAUUUCUGUGAGUUGUAAUUUAACCUUUUAAGACAUUUAUCAAGAGCAACAUAUGUUUGUAUUUGCGGGAUACAUUUUGAUUUAAUGGAUAUCUUAUUUCAUCUUUUUCUUUGAUUCUUCUUAUUGUUGUUAUUCUAUACUAUAUGUUUUCUAAACAUAUACGAAUUCCUUCUGCAAACAGUCACUUGAAAGGGCUCACAGAGUUAAUCGUCUUUAGGUAGAAAGCAAGCCUGUUGAAAAAGGUAUACAAACAGGCGUCCUGAUACGAAGGACUUUCUCUUUCAGAAGAGAACAGAUAUCACAGUUCAUUGAACAAGCAAAUAAUCAUCACGCUAGUAAUGUUAAAUUUACAAAGGGAAUCUCUGAGAACAAAACUUUUAUUUCAAGAUAUAAUUGUGUUCAAAGGAAUAAAGUAUUAAAACAUGCAUGUUAAUUCUUGGAUCUAGGAACACAUUUCAAUCCAGCUGGAUUAUUUCAGAAUGCACGCUUCUCGUCUUGCCACCCAAGAGUUAGGGGUAAAGAAUUGCAUCACGAAAAGCUAAGGCAAAACUCCGGCUACUCAGAGCCAAUUUCGCUAAAGAAAUUUUCAAAAACACACUGUAAAUGGAGAGGCUAUUCACAAGAAUAGAUAGGUUCAAACAAACUCUCUUUGUCAUACACCUUUGAAACAGAAAAAAAAGGCUUUUCGAAAAGCAAAAAAAAAAGCACCAACCAAACUAACUCUUUCCAUUAUGACCACAGUUUUUAAUGAUAUAUAUUCGCACUUGCAACAUGUACGCCAAGUGGACCUAUUUUUAAAAUAACCAACAACUUAUUUUACCAAUAGCAAUUCUGGCACGAGCAAGUAUAAACUGGGCGGGGAAAAUCAAUGAAGGAAUAAGAAAAAUAUAAAUACUCAAACAACUGGGAAAAAUUUAGUGUCAGUAUUUCCAUUGUGCUCCUUUAACAGAUGUAUCGUCAUCAGAAGGCACAGUGAUACCAACAGCAGUUUCCACAGCUUUACCAGCUUCAACAAGCCAACCCCCUCCACUCGGUGGGUAAUUUUCUGUGUCUUUGCAUUGACUUGUAUUGACAUAGUAAAGCUGAUUAGCUUGACCAAUCUGAAUCCAUUGAUACCGGGCAGGUGUAACUAUCUACAGUUGAACCCCUUCACUGCCAAGGCGUAGUAUCGCGCUGCAAGUUUGCAAACUACCAAAGGAUUUUCGGUUUUCCCGUUGCGUAAAUCAUUUCAGUGGCGGCGGGGUUAAUGCAAAUCACAGUGUUUGAACGCGCGCGCUCGCCCAACUUGGCCUGCAAAAACAAAAUCGGCCAAUAGUGGCGAAGAAAAUUUGCAGUCUAUGCAGGCACUGAUCUGAGGGGGCCACAGAUUUAACAAUUAUUUACUGAGGCUGAGUAGGUUAUGAAGAAUUCUGCAGAUCGGGGAGGGUGUUAUCCACCGAAGCCGAAGGCCGAGGUGGACAACUCCCUCCGAGAUCUGCAGAAUUGUUCAUAUCCUACAAAAACCGAAUUCAAUAAUUGUUUUAUUAUUCCUUCAAAAUAAUUCCAUGUUUAAAAACAGCUAAAACAUGCUAACCUUGGUCGAUGUAAGUUCAUAUCGCUAAUGCAUCUUUAUCGGGAAGUUUAGGAGAUAAAGGUCUGUUUAGGUCUGCAGCUAUACUUUAAGUAGCAGCUGUCGUUCGUCUUCAUGCUGUUCUUAGCAUGUUGAUACUCACUUUUUCGCCAAGAAACGAGUAAAAUGUUCCGCCGACUGAUCAGCCAUUUUGUUGUCAUAACCAAAACAACUGAACGUCGUCCCCAGGUUUUCUUGGUUAACAGUUCCUUAACUUGCAAUCAGGCGGCACUUUUGAUGUCAUUUUGACGUCAUCGGUUCAAUAUGACAAAAUUCUUGCCAUUUGGUCAACAGUGCCUUUUUAUGGUGAAUUAUGCGUGUGGUUUUAACCAAUAAGAAACGGCGAAAUAUUUUGAAUGAAUAAUAAUAAAAAAUUGUUGGAUGAAGUUUUUGUAAUAUCCGGAAUAAUCAAGGUCGAGGUAAGUGUUAUCAGCCAAGCCGAAGACCGAGGCUGAUAACACUUACCGAGACCUUGAUUAUUUCGGAUAUCUCAAAAAUCGAAAGUAAUAAGUGCGUUAUUAUACAUUGUUUUGAACAGAAUAACGACAAACACACCGUCGCAAGGAACCUGAAUUGAUAUUAUUUUCUAAAAUCAUGCAUUGCGCGCCCAACCUACAGCAUAGCCAGUUGUAUGCUAGCAGAUAAUAGGCCAUUUUACAGUUGUGGAUGGAAGCGAGGCUGAGGGUGACAUAGUUUUCAUACAAACCUUCCUGCUUUAUUAUGUUAAUCAAGUUAUUCUUAUGCUAACUAGUAUUUUUCAAGAACAAUUUCCAUAACAAAGCAGAGAGGGUUUGUAUCAAAACAAGGUCACCCUCACCCUCGCUUCCAUCCAUAACUGUAAAAUGGCCUAUUAACUCAUCUGUAGGUCGCCUUGAUUUCUAAAAUUAGCUGAAGACUCUUAGCCAAUGAGAAGACAGAUAGUGGCACAAUGUAUAAAAAUAAAGGUCAUUGGCGUCUGGCUCUUAUCAAUGCCAAUAUCUCGUCUAACUUGCCUCUGAACAUCAUAAGGCUGUUCGGCUGCAACAAGAUCAGAUAAAAUCUUCAAAGUUAAGUAGUAGAUUAUAUAGCCCGAAACGGGACGGACACAAACAACAGACCUUAAAACACAGAAACAAACCAAACGGAUCGAAAUCCACCAAUCACAAAUCGCAGACGGUCAAGUUUAGAUCUGUUUAAGAAAAGUAAAGCUUUGGAAAUGGAAAGGAAGAGAAGCAUGAAAACGCUCUCUGAGGUUGCGUACUUUUGGGAGAAUACAAAAGCGGAUUUGUGAUCUCGGAUCAUAUGGUUUCUUCGAUCACUACCAAAAAAAGGAAGAUCCGAAAAAGGAUCAUUUACUAUGAUAUCAACGGCAUGUCUUCGUGAUCCUCGUAGUGAGAAAAAUGGAGGGAAAAACAACGAACUGAUAAUCGCGGCGAUAUACGAAAUGUAUACAGGGUGUCCCAAAAGUUCGUUCCUCUAAUUUCAUGCACUAUAACUUUUGAUCAAAACUUUAUUUUUACAUGAAAUUUCUACAAGAUGUUUAUUUCUCCAUCGAGUACAUGUAUUCAGAAUUUCAGUGACUGGCAUGCCCUUUUUGUUUUUUUAUCACAUUCUGUAGCCGUUGCGUCUUGAAGUGGGACACAGCGAGUAGACCCACAGAUGAUCCAUUUUGAGCUUUUUUAUCACCUGGUGCUCAGGAGCCAGUUCGACCCCCAAACAAUAUUUGUUUAGACAGCUGAAAAAACUUAUUUUGGGCAUUCAUCCAAAAAAGAUAAUCAUCCCCGCCCGCUUCCACAGCAAGUCGUUUGUACUUCUUUACAAAUUUGAGACGAGCUGGGCGUUACUUGGUACACUAAGCAGAGUUCUUUUUUGCCAUCUCAGGGGCCAUUAAAUUUAAACAUUUUAAACACCUUUUCAUGACCCUUUCUGGACUUGGCUGGCUAACUAUGUGAGAGCUUCCUCGUCGAGUCUCCUAUUUUGUAUCCAGCCUUCUUUAAAACUAUUUUAGCUGCUUUAUUCAGGACUUUUGGUCUUCCCCUUCCUUUCUUGCCUUCAAAACCUCCAUCUCUCCAUGAUCAUUUUACCACUCAACAUUCGAAUUUUUACAAUUUUUUAAGCAGUUUCUACAACAGAUAAGCCAGUAAAUCGAAGUAUACAUGCUUAUGCUCUCACGUAGCCGAACGCUUUUGCGGUAAAGGAGUUUAUCUUUCUUGAUAUUCACAAUAACAAGUAAGGAGUUCGAGCAAUUUGGGCUAUGAAAUACAAAAAAUAUGUGGCUGGAAAAUGUACUCACGCACGGGCACCUUUGGCGCGGCAGUGCACAAAUCCAACAUUCGAGUCAAAAGAUGGCACCAUCAGUAUGAAAAUAGUGUAUUAGAUUGAAAGACACAACUUUUCAUCAAAUAACUUGCUUAUCAAGUCCAAUCGUACUGAAAUACAGACUUAUAAAAUAGAGAAACUAACUUUUAGGACACCCUGUAUUAUUUCGGUUUGAAGCACAAACGUUCUUCGAAUGGAAUAAAAAGUCCGCGGGCACAAACUUUUCAAAAUAUCGUAUGUAUCCGAAAACGCUGGGGAGGAGGGGGGGGGGGGGGGGGGGGGGGCAACGGUGGGGGUAUGAGUUUGCAUGGACCAAUUAUUAUGUUUUCUAUUUUUAAUUAGUUGUUUUGUUGUCGUUGUUGUUUUCUGUUUUGUGUUUAUUUUGGAUUUUUGUCUUUUGCAGCAACCUGUGAAGCGGAAUGGACAAGUUUUGGGUCAUCGUGUUAUAAGCUGUACACAUCAACAUCAGCCCAGAACUGGAAAAAAGCGAAAGUGAACUGCCAAAAUGUCGGUGGUAAGUUAGUGAAGAUUGAAACUGAUAAAGAAAAUGACUUUAUAAAAAACGAAUAUCUGAAUACUAAAGGCAUGUACUGGAUUGGACUUUCCGACAUUGAUAAAGAAGGUGAAUGGAAAUGGACAGACGGGACCGGAUUAACUGGUUACAAAAAGUGGAAAAGUGGCCAGCCGAAUAAUAAAGGCCACCAAGACUGCGUAGCCAUAUUAGAGGGAGACUAUAACGUCGGUCAUCAUAACGCAGAAUGGAACGACCUAAAGUGUUCCAAACAACUGGGAUACAUCUGCAAAAAGUCCCCAGGCGAAAAGUGAAGCUGCAUGAUAUAAUUUGGACCUAUCAAGUUGGCGCUCUGGGAGCAGGAGCGAUCGGCUCCUGCGGAGAGUUAUUGCAAAUAUUUCAAAUAUAUUUGCACCGAAAUGAUCAUUUUUUUGUUUGUUUUGUUACUGUUAUGAAUCCGAAUCUUUGCUUCAUCUUUUGUGGAUCAAUUGUGUUUUUGGUCUUAAUUUGUUGUUUUUGAGUAUGGUAAUGUAUUAUGAGUUUAAGGACAAAAGAAUGCUCCCUUGGUUUAAACCAAACUAAAGAAACGGGAACGGGAAGCGGGGAACGAACACACGGAUCAACACGAAAAUGAAAAACAUGGGGACAAAACCUAACCUGAACCUUAGCCCUAUCAUUAACUUCGUUCUCAGCUCUGCUUUCAGUUCCCAUUUUUCAUUUUCCCGUUUCUCGGCCUGUGCUCGUUCAACGCUACUUAGCCUGUGAGCAAGCUCUCCUAUUUGGGAGAGCGAAGCGAGCCGCACGAGGGGUCGCAUCUCCCUUCGCGUGCCACUCGCGCGUGUACUUUUCACAAUAUUCCCCAAAUGGAAAGCUUGCUCGCAGGUUAAACGUUACCCGUCCCCCGUUCCAAAGCUCACAAACCCAAAAACAGCAUGUAACAUACGGAG